AUAUCCACCAAUUCUGAGAACGAUAAAAAUUUUAUGUUGAUUGUUAAAGCGAAAUUUCUUUUAUAAAGUAAAUGUGUGAUAUUUUUGAAGGGAUUUUUAUCAUAGAUUUCGUGCAAACAUGGGUUUCAUGCUACCGAAAAAUUAUUUCGCAACGCUCUUCCGAUUAUCAGGGCAACCAUUACUGAAGAAAACAGUAGGCAUCAGGUCAAUUUCAAAUGCAUACCUUUUGUCCGAUACUCACAAAAUGCUUCAGAAAACUUCUCGAGAAUUCGCUGAAAAAGAACUGCAGCCUGUAGCAGCUAUGAUUGAUGAGAAAAAGAUAUUUCCUAAAGAUCAAGUAAUUAGAAUCUUAGAUUAAUUUGUUUCCCCUUAUAUCAUUCAUUUCCU